CUCCUCCUCCUCCAUGGGUAUCGCCCAGUAUAGGCAUUAAAUCUGGGAACAAUUGAUUUGCAUAUUCUGUCGCCUUCAAUUCUCCUUCUGGAUCAUGUCCUUCUGGAUCACUUCUUCUCCCUCCACGUGCAAAAUGUCGUUCCCAAUAUUCUCGGACUAAUCCAUGACAAAAAACUGAGGAUUCAACUUCAUAACUGUCCUCACUAUCUGGAUACCCUUUCCAUUUAAUCAGGUAUUUGAGUCCUUCUUUUGGGAACACUCGAUGUCCUACUACUUUCUCCACCUCAAAUACGUCUUCAUCUUCCUCCUCUUCUUCAUCUUCAUCUUCGUCUUCGUCUUCGUCUUCGUAUACAUCCUCAUUACUGUCCCUACUCUUGAGUCCUUUGCCUUUAAUCUUCCCAUCCAUGUCCAUGUCCUUGCCCUUGCCCUUGCCCUUGCUCUUCUCCUUCCCCUUUCCCUUAUCCUUCUCCUUGUCCUUAUCCUUGUCCUUAGCUUUGCUGCUAUUGUCGUCCAUAGAGGAUUUGUGCUUAGAUUGACUUGUAUCAUCUUUACCGCCACUCUGUUUCAACGAGCCAUGUUCUCUGUUAACAUUCUUUUCUUCCUUGACUCUGACGCCAUCCAUGAUGACUGAUAGUGUCGAAUUAUGAGAAAAAAAUAUAUAUAUAUAUAUAUAUAUAUUGAAAGAAUGGAAUCUAAAAAUGCUCAAUGCCCUUCUCGAAGAUUAAAUUAGAAAAAUCUAGUAAAUGAGGUGUGCUAAUUUUUUAUCGGGUCAAAAAUGAUUAGGAAGGGAG